CGAACGCUUCUUAAAACACCAACGCAGAUUGGAUCUGCUAUUAAACCGAUACAAGGUGACCAAUUAUGGUAUCAUGGCAUCGAAAAUGUUCUUGAAAAAUACUUUGAAAACGUUGUUCCAGAAGUAGACGCAUUUACGGUGGAUGUCUCUAUUGAUGGACUUCCACUCUUUAAAAGUUCCCGGAAGCAGCUUUGGCCAAUUCAAAUAAGAAUUGUUGAACUUUUCAACAACUAAGAAAGCACCCAGCAAUGAUUGUUGGAACGUUUGGAGGAUCGAAAAAACCGGGUAGCUUGGAGGAAUUUUUAAGACCUCUAGUUGAGGAAAUAAAUGAUCUUCAGCGAAGAGGUUUGAAGUUUGGAGAUAAGCAGAUCUCCUUUUCACUUCGUGCCUUUAUUGCCGAUUCGCCAAUGCGGGCCGCUUUGAAAGCUGCCAUGAGCUUCAACGCCAAACAUGGAUGCUUAAAAUGCACAUGUGUAGGCACUUCAAUUGAGGUUGGACCCGACAGCAGGAAAAUGAUAUUCGAUUCCAUAAACGCAGAACCACGAACGGAUGCUGGGUUUAGGCAGAGACUAGAUCCAUUGCACCAUAAAGAAUGGCGUACACCACUAGAGGACAUCGAUGGCUUUGAUAUGGUCGAAGGUUUUCCUGUAUCAGAUAGGCUCCACUUAGCAGAUGAGGGUGCAACCCAAAAAGUUUUAGUUGGGCUUACGACCAAUUUGUUCGAGCGUUUUGUUCACGUUUAUCCUAGACAGAAGGAAGCAGUAUCUACAUACAUGACAAAAUAUACGGCUUCCUUUUGA